UCGAAUAAGAAACCAACUUCCGUCGACCUCAAUGCCUCCCUGCAGCCCGACGGUCUGUCAUGCAGUCCAGUGUUUGGCUAUGAAGUCUCCUUACUUCAUGCAGAGCAGGUCUGUUGUUACAAGGAGUGGUGAUCAAAACGCUGCGAGCUCUCUCAGGUCCAAACUCACCAGCAGACGGAGAGAUGUGGAUCCAGUUUCCUCUGUGGUGGUGAAGGUGGAGGAGGAGGAGGAGGAGGAGGUGGAGGCGAGGAUCUGUGAGCAAAGACCCUCCUCGGCCUCCUUAUCGAGGGGUGGCUGCCAUCCAAAAACAGAAACUUCACCAUUGGCUUCACACAGCCGCAGGAAGAGGCAGCUUAAAGUGGAAUAUGACAGGGAUGAAGGUGUUGCACCAGUUCAGACGGGACACUGGGAACCUCCAGACUGGAAGAAACAACUGGGAUACAUCCGUGAGAUGAGGAGCGGCCGUGAUGCCCCUGUGGAUAACAUGGGAGCAGAGAAGUGCUACGACUCAGAGGCUCCUGCACAUGUGAGACGUUUCCAGGUGCUGGUUUCCCUCAUGCUGUCCAGUCAGACCAAGGACCAGGUGACAGCAGCAGCCAUGCAGAAGCUCCGAGCUCACGGCUGCACUGUAGAAAACAUACUCGCUACUGAUGAUGAAGCACUGGGGAAACUUAUCUACCCUGUCGGCUUCUGGAAGACUAAGGUGAAGUAUCUGAAGCGGACAUCGGCCAUGCUGCAGGAAGUGUUCUCAGGGGACAUCCCAGACAGCGUGGAGGGGCUGGUCAGUCUGCCGGGUGUUGGACCCAAGAUGGCUCACUUGGCCAUGGACAUCGCCUGGGACCAAGUGUCGGGCAUCGGCGUGGACACACAUGUGCAUCGCAUCUCCAAUCGGCUGGGCUGGCUCAAGAAACCCACCAAGAACCCAGAGGAAACACGCAAGGCCCUGGAGGAGUGGUUGCCCAGGGAGCUGUGGAGUGAGAUCAACUGGCUGCUGGUGGGGUUUGGUCAGCAGGUCUGUCUCCCCGUCAGCCCUCUCUGCUCCGCGUGUCUGAACCAGUACAGCUGCCCGUCCGCCCACAAGGUCUCUCCUACAAAGAGGCCUAAAGCCGGAUCCCCACGGUCUCCAAAUCCAACCUCCUCCUUUACAACAAAAACUGAACCUGAACAAGAGUCCUCUGUUAAACAUGAGAGGACAAAGAAGGAGCCACGGCCCACACCUGUUUCCCCCACAGCACAGAGGACGAGGCUAAAAAGCAAAGUCGAUCAUUGAUGUAGUGGUCGCAUACGUUUGGGUCUGGACUCAAGACCAAAUGUGUUUAUAUGUACAAUAAAAGUUCAAUGCGUUCACACACACACUGAAAAUAUGCAACUAAGCAAAACAUUUUCAGUUUUUUUGACACUA